UGUGUUAAAAAUUUGAAAUAGAAAGAACAGUUCUGCGAAUCAGCUGUAAGACACUUAAACAAAUACAAAUAAUCAUUUAAGAUCAAUAUCGGUUAAUCUCCAUUGUAAAUGGUGCACUAGUUUGCUUGUGUCAACACUAAAAUGUUGGGUAGCCCUUCAAAUAACGGAGGCAUUAGGAUGCUGGCCCCCCCUGCACCCAAUGAUGACAGGCGGGUUGAGUUUGUGGCUCUCUCAGCUGUUCACACUGAAAGAAGCGAGCCGUCGACCCCAGAGCGUGGACACCCGUCUCACCGCACCGGCUUACUGGGCACACCGCUGCCGGUGCCACCGGGCCCGAGGGCGACCCCUUCUGCCUCCAGCAAACGCUACAGGAAGUUACAGAACUACCUGUACAACGUGCUGGAGAGACCCAGAGGAUGGGCGUUCAUCUAUCAUGCCUUCAUUUUUCUCCUAGUGUUCAGCUGUCUGGUGCUUUCUGUUUUCUCCACCAUCCCAGACCAUCAAACAUUUGCCAACGAGGCGCUCUUCAUCCUGGAGUUUGUGAUGAUCGUGGUUUUUGGGCUGGAGUACUUUGUGAGGAUCUGGGCAGCUGGAUGCUGCUGUCGAUACAGAGGAUGGCAGGGUCGGCUACGGUUCGCCAGAAAGCCCUUCUGCGUCAUAGACUUCAUUGUCUUUGUGGCGUCACUGGCAGUGAUAGCAGCGGGCACACAGGGAAACAUCUUCGCCACAUCUGCUCUGCGCAGCAUGCGGUUUCUGCAGAUCUUGCGCAUGGUGCGCAUGGACCGCCGGGGAGGAACCUGGAAGCUUCUGGGCUCUGUGGUGUACGCUCACAGCAAGGAGCUGAUCACAGCCUGGUACAUCGGCUUCCUGGUACUGAUCUUUGCCUCAUUCUUGGUCUAUUUGGCUGAGAAGGAAGAUAACCCAGAGUUUUCCACUUAUGCUGACUCCCUCUGGUGGGGAACAAUCACCCUCACUACAAUCGGCUACGGUGACAAGACGCCACACACCUGGCAAGGUCGGCUUUUAGCGGCUUGUUUUGCCCUGCUGGGGGUGUCCUUCUUUGCCCUGCCGGCUGGCAUACUGGGUUCAGGUUUUGCUCUGAAAGUGCAGGAGCAGCACCGGCAGAAACACUUUGAGAAGAGGAGGACUCCCGCUGCCAACCUCAUACAGGCUGCAUGGCGUCUCUACUCUACAGAUGCUCAGCACUCAUAUCUCACAGCCACCUGGUAUUUCUAUGACAGUAUGUUGCCGUCUUUAAGAGAACUGACAUUACUGUUCAGUCACCUCCAACGGCAGCGUAGCACCAAGAAGGUUCUUCACAACUCCUACCAAACCCUGCUGUCGGGGCUCCGGCCGUAUAGCUCCCCCUACCUGUCUGGGGACAGUGGGAAGAUGGGCUUCCGUGACCGCAUUAGGAUGAACAAUUCACGGUCCUCUCAGGCUAUCCGGAGCAAGGCUUCUCCUUUACCUCCAGGUAAUGUUCAGCAUUCCCCCAGCACGGAGAAUGUUCCUGAAGCCACCAGCCCUGGCAAGGUCCAGAAGAGUUGGAGCUUCAAUGAUCGGACUCGAUUCCGUACCUCUCUUCGCCUAAAACCACGCCCCGCUGCAGAUGUGGAGGGAGUAGGAGAGGAGCACACAGAGGACAAAUCUUACUGUGAUUUCGCCAUGGAGGAAGUGAUACCAGCAGUAAAGACCCUAAUUCGUGCUGUUAGGAUUUUUAAAUUCCUGGUGGCCAAGAGGAAGUUUAAAGAAACCCUGCGGCCAUAUGAUGUGAAAGAUGUGAUUGAGCAAUAUUCAGCUGGACACCUCGAUAUGCUGGGCAGAAUCAAAAGCCUGCAGACAAGGGUGGAUCAGAUCAUAGGCCGAGGUACCAUUCCAUCAGAUAAAAAAAUGAGGUCUGAAAAAGGGGAGAAAACUCCUCCUGAACUGGAACAGAUGGACGAAUUAAGCAUGAUGGGACGUGUGGUGAAAGUAGAGAAGCAAGUGCAGUCCAUCGAAAACAAGCUGGACCUGAUCCUAAACUUCUACUCCCAGUGCCUGAAAAAGGGCUCGUCCCACUUCACCCUGUCGUCCCUGCUGGAACCCGACUUUACCUCUGACUACCACAGUCCCACCGAUCAACGCGACCUGUUCCCCUCCGCAAACACCCUUAAUAUCUCCCACUCAGACAGUGGCAACAUGGAAUGACCCAAGAGACACACAGCAGUCCCGCUCUGACUGUUGCAUCAGGGCAACAACUAAACAACUGCUGUAUCCUUGCAUGAGUUCAUCCUAUGCACAGUGGAUGGUGGCUUCUGGCCAACCUUUCUAGACUUGCCUUGCAAACUAUGCCCUGAUAUUUAGCAAUGUCCAGUUUUUAUUUGUAACAGUUCUUUUUACUUUAUUUCAGCUGAUUCAGGAAAGUUUUAGAGAAAUAUUCUUACAUGGAUGAAGAUUUUAUUGAGGUUUUGCUGAACAUUUGGACUUCUUCCAGUAGAUGGCAGAGUUUUAUCUGAAGUGGUCUUUAACCAUCACUUUUUAUCAGUCUUCCAAAACAUAUGGGGAUGAAUCUCUGACUGCUACAAAACAUUUCAUUGAUGGUAUUUCUUUCUGGAAGUCUCUGUGCCAAUAUCGUUUCUUGGUUUUGUUGAGUUUUUGAUAACCAAUAGGCCAGCAGAGCAAUUCUAUUUUUCUCUCUGUCUUUUUUUCUAAGAAAUCAGGGCAUUUUACACUGAAUUUGAAUUUUGGAUUCUCCUUCUCUGCCUUGGCCUUACACUUUGGCCUGAUGCAAUAGACUCCUUGUGCCACUAGAAGUCGCUGAGCUUCUAAUGAAUGUACUGCAUCCAGUACUUUUCCUUUAUUUAUCACUAACAUGUCCUUUGAGAAAACGGCAUCACCGAUGCAGCAUGAUAGACUGAUGGACAGUAUUUCCACCAAAGCAUC